AUGACGAACACUCACAGAAAAUUCAUUAAUGUACUAGAAAAGUACAUGUGCAAUGGGCUCCACAAUCCCAUAGCAUCAUCCGCUAUCAUCAUUGCGUUUGUUUUGGGACAAGUCAUUAACCCAUCAUCACCACUCAAAGCCAUGCUAUCUCAAAACACAUUGCUGCCGUUAGUCGAAGAAGCAAUAAAUGGUACAAUAGACGGUGAACCUAUCUCAUACACUCAAGACACAACAACAACAACAGCUGCCACUACAUUUGAAGACCUACUUAUGGAUUUGGUCUCAAAUUCCAUCAACUUAAUAUUCAUUUUUCGUUUUGUAAAAAAAAGCACACCUGAUUGCCCGCACAGAUCGAGGUCAACUUGUCAAGAGUUGUGCUUCUUUGUGACGCAACUUAUGGCAGCAACUUAUUUUAUAUCAACAUAUUUCAGUCAUUUCCACAAGUUAUUACAAAUUUUUACAUCCUUACAGUUGGUUUUGCCGUUUCUCAUAUUAUUAAUUUCAAUUACAUCAAAUAAAAGCAUUUACAAAUCAUUGAGAGAAUGCAACAACAACAUUCUCCCAUUUUUCAUUACCAACUCAUUUUUGUUCAUAAAUACUACCUUUACAUCUACAACCACAUCCCCUGAUACUUCAUUUGAUUUUGUCGGUUGGAUUUAUCUAAUUGCUGCUUACUCACAAAAGUUCUAUCUUAUUUAUAAAUACGUAGUUUAUGAGUUGAUUACGAUUUAUGAAGAAGAAGAUCCGAAAGAUGAAGCGAAAGUGGAAAAGACGAGUGACUUAGAGAAAGGAAGGCCAAAUGAAAGAACCAAUAACCAUUCUACGUAUCUGGAAUUCAAGAAUAGGCUAUUGAUAGCUGCAUGUUGUGUAGUUAUGGUGGUGGAUUUAGUACUCAUUUGUUUAUUGGUUUAA